AUGGUUAGAGCUGUCAUCGUAUCUGGGCUGCUUCUGGCCUGUCACUCUUUGGAAGUAACAGCAGACCAAUUCGUUGAUAUCCCCCCGCGAGUGACCAUUGGAGGCGCGCCGACAGGAGUAGUCUGGGAAGGAUGGGGGACGUCGCUCGCUUGGUGGACCAACGUUUAUGGAGACACUGAAUAUGUCAAUGAAGAACUGGCCGAAAUGUUCUUUACCAUGAACGACUCUUCAUUUGCACGCAACACCGCAGGAUUUCUCAAGCUUCCAGCUCUGGGAUUCAACAUCGCACGGUACAACAUCGGAGGAUCAGGCAGCAACGUCAUUGACGAUAGUGGCACGGAAAUCGCCAUGAAAACGUCCAAAGAAAUGCUCGGUUACAAGACGAUGGAGAGUUUCUGGCUGGACUGGUUCAAUACUGAUCCAAAGACAAAAUCAUGGAACUGGAAUGCCGACGCUAAACAGCGCAAAAUGCUGUCACUCGCAGUCGGACUGGGCGUGAAUAUCCUUGAAGCGUACUCAAGCUCCCCGCCUUGGUGGAUGACAAAGAACCGCGCCACCGCUGGCGGCGAUAAGGGAGAUGUUGACAACUUGAUGGCGUCGAACAUCGACCAGUUCGCUCUGUACUUGGCGACGGUAGUGAGUGAGGCAAAGACUCGUUGGGGUGUCAACUUCAAUUACGUUGAACCGUUCAACGAACCGAGUAACAAAUGGGACUUCCCUGGUACACAGGAAGGCUGUCACUUUGAUGUGGCAACACAGAAUGAGGUGGUAAAGCGUCUGCGUUCUCACCUCGACAAGCUCAAGCUACAGUCGGUGAAUGUGUCAGUAUCUGACGAGAACUCUCCAACCCAAGCUUUGACAACACUAACGGGCAUGACGAAGACUGCAACUGGAUUGGGGGCCGUCGGGAAAGUGAACACGCACGGUAAUGACGGCCCUGCUGCGUAUCGUGGCCCAGACCGUGCUGCGUUGAAGAAAUUGGCCAGCGAUUCGAGCUUGAAACUGUGGGACUCGAACUACAUUGAUGGUGACGGUUCUGGUCUUACACUAGCUCAAUCGAUCGCGCUGGAUAUCAACGAGUUGGGUGUGUCAGCUUUCGUGUACGACCAAGUGUUGAACAGCGGAGGUUUGGGACUUAUCCAGUCGAAUCUGUGGGUGAACUGGACUGGUGAGGAGAAUCCGAAAUAUUACGUGAUGGCGCAUUAUUCUCGUCACAUUCGUCCUGGGAUGGAAAUGAUUGGUACGGACGAUGUUAACACAGUUGCUGCGUACGAUUCGACCAACUUUAUAUUGGCGAUUGUGAGGGUGAAUUUUGGCGCUGAAGAGACGAAGCAGAUGAACCUUGAUGACUUCGUAGCGGCGCUACCUACCAGUGUGGAUAAACUUCCAACUAGAAUCGACAGCUGGAUGACGCAAACGAACAGCACGGACUCGUUCUACGUGGACUCUGGUAUCCAAAGCCCCAGUACAGUAUUCGACGUAGUGUUCCCACCAGAGUCUAUCGCGACAUUCGAAGUGCAUUGGGCUUUGGAAUAA